AUGCCUGUAGAUCGCCUGUUGAGCACGCUUUUGCGCUCGCUCCAGACAUACACCGAUCAGCAAGAUACACCUCGCCUCCUUGCAACCGCGUCGUCGCUCCUAACAACCCUCUCGAAUCCUCAUAAUCUUUCCCUCCUUACAUCACACCUCCUCACAGCCCCCGCAUUCUGGGAACGCCCAGAUGGCCUCCGCACCCCACUCCACCUACUCAGCGUCUUCCACUCCGCGAUCACCACCCUCAUAACACACCAUAACGCAGUACGGGAAAACUCUGCGCCUCCUCUUCACCCUGGCCAACUGCCCAUCGGUGGAGGUCUCUCACUCGAUGCUUGGACUCGGGCAAUCGUCAGUGGUGCCGAUGAUAGAAGUGCACGAUGGACGCACCUGCUAGUGCUGGGAGGCCUCCUGAUUGGCAUGGGAAGCCAAGAAGAGCAGGGAAUCGACGUUGAAUGGGCCGCUGGACUCAGAAAGAGGCUAGAAACCGCGCUCGUAAAAGCUACCAAUCUGGCACUGGUCGAGGUUCGAGAAAGUGGCGACGCGGAUGGCCUCGGGGGCCAGACAGUGGCUCUUGUUCUGAACCAUAGUUUCGGCUGUCUUUCUGAUUUUGAAAGGAGAGGGCUAGAUUAUGACCUCUUACUCCCGGUCCUCCUCGGAACUACCUUCUUUUCCAGUGAGGGUUUUCAGUCCGCCUACUUCCUAGGUGGGAUUGAUCUUGAUGUUGUAGAAGUAGCAGGAAAGAAGUUCAACUGGCCUGCACACUCCUCAUCCUUCAAACAAGUCGAGGGUAUUGUUUCACGUCCUUUGGUAUCCUCAAUGGGCCCGUUGUCCCGAUUGAUGGCGCAUGCUGUUGGGAACAUCAGAGAUCCAUGGCUCAUUCAGACCAUGGUAGAUGAUCUAGCAGGCUUUGCUAGAGCUCUCACAACGCAAUGGCGACAGAACAAGCUCUCUGAGAUUGAUGCCUCAGAAGAGGCGGUGUUCCUAGAGGAAGAGGCAUUGAGAACCACUUUGCCCGUUUUAUGGAAGCUUUUGAAAGCUGCUUUGUUUGCUACGACUAUCGUUCUCCGCGGUGUGUUAGGCCGCAUCCUCAGCGAUCGUAUUCUCGCCACUGAUGGAGUGGCACCCGUGCUCGCCGCGCAAACGCUCCAUACCCUACGCCAUUUGUACUUCAUAUCAAACCGUCUAGGACCCGCCUCCUUCAGCCAACACACCUUUGUUUAUCUUACCGCCAUUGAUAUCUUAACCCACUAUCCUAUUCAAUCCGACGCAUUCCUCAAAUCAAUUGCCCCUCCUCAACUAGGCAACAUCCCCGACCCACCCCUCGACCGUACUCUAGACCUCUAUUUCCUUAACACCGCCGAGCACUUCACCCUCGUCCUUUCUCCCACCACCAACGAGGAUCUCCUCGUAGCAUCUGCAGUUCCCUAUCUUGCAGCUGGCGGCAAUCACAGCAUGCUCCCCAUCUUCGAAGCUGCCCACAGCGUCAUCCUUGCCGUGCUUUCGGCUCCCCAAUCCGCCGAAAUCACCGCAAAACACCUCCCCUUCUACAUCGACGCCCUCUUCAAGGUCUUCCCAGACAACCUCUCGUCGCGCCAAUUUCGCCUGGCCUUCAGGACCCUUCUCCGCGUCACUGCGCCCCCGUCGGCCCUCUCAGCUACGCAACCGGACCUCCCCGCUACCUUGCUCGAGCUCGUCCACUACCGCGCUCUACACGCCCCUACUACCGCUCUCGCGGCCGACUCUGUGCAGCUGGCUCUCGCGGGCUCAGACGCUCCUCCGCCUCCGCUGUCUGAACAGGCGGUGCUCGUGUUGACACUGUUAGACGCGCUGCCCUACCUCCCGGUUCUAUUGCUAGAAGAGUGGUUGCCACUAUGCGCAGAUCUAGUCAAUCUAAUCGAAGACGACGCGAUGCGGGAAGUGGUCAAAGGCCGCUUCUGGAAUGUUUUGAUCUCAGGCGAAAUGGACCCCGAGCGGAGCGGUGCUGCAGUCGCGUGGUGGGGCACUCGGGGCGGACGGGAAGCCGUGUUGUUUGGGCGGGAGAGCGAGCACAUGAUGAGCGGAGCCUUGCCGGUCGAGACGACGGCGAGGGAGAGUAAGCUCUAGCCAGCUUGCGGAUGUAUGAUUUGAUCGUUUCGUAGAUAUACCCGGGUCAGAGUUUUGAAUACCUACAGUGCCUUCUCAUAGAAAUCUGUAUACUCGUUUGCCCGCUGCUUGAAGAGCUUCGUAGUAUUUUCAGCUUUCUGAAUAAGAGAGGUGUCCGGCAUUUUGGACAAGUAGUAGGCUCACGAGGCUACCCCCUAGACAGCGUCAACAGGGGGGAGGGGGGCAGGGGUACGUAGAUUUCUAUCAGUACAUUGGAGCCCCCAUAGACAGUGGCAGGAAAGCGUACGGCUAUCUAUGGCAAGGAAAUAUCAUCCAGAGAAAUUCGUAAGAUCUUGGAUAUUAGCUAUAUAGGUACCCAUAGCCCAGCGCCCAUCAAAUGCAAGAAACCCGCU